AUGCACACCAUUACCAAGGGGCCCAGCAAGCUGGUCGGGCAGGGCCACACAGCCUGGCAGCUGGUGGAGCAACAGCUGGAUGGAAGCCCAGGUGCCAACAGUGGGCCAAAAUCUGUGCAGUAUGUGGAGAGGACCCCUGAUUCCUCGCUGCAGAACUUAGUGCUCACUGACAUGGGUGAGUGGUGGGCAUAG